AUGAAGAAAUCAAAGGUUGCUCUUUUCAUAUUUCUUUUCUCGAGCAUCAUUCUUAAAUUCUACACUACAGUCGGUCUAGACAUACAGCUUGGUUUAAAGGUUCCUGUUGGAUAUGACAAUGGAUAUUUUCUUACUGGAGCAUCACGACAUUUGCUGCAUAAAACUUCCCGAGUUGUGUCUGAUCCCACGAGUGAAGUUAUCGAGUUAUUCCAGGAAGGCUGUCUGUGGAGCGAGAGCUUGGAGAUUCUGGAGCGUCCCAUGUUUGAUGAGGAACAUACAGGUAUCUGGAGAGAGAGAGCACAGGUCCAACAGAUAAUACAUUUAGAAUCGGGAUGUGGCAGGGUCACCAAUGGGCUUGCGACGUUUACAGAUGGAUCCAAAGCGUGUGUGCGUUAUGGCAUAGAUGCUGACCAGGUUCAAGGUGAGAUACUGGCUUAUCACUUAGCAAGGAUGCUUGGUAUUUACAACUUACCUCCUACAGUUCUAUCCAAACCGGAUCCAGAGAAAAAACAAUGGAUGCUUGUUCGUGAAAGUAUCGAAUCUUUGCAUUGGACAACAGAAGCAAUCGUCUCACUGACUGAAUGGGUACCAAAUCUAACAGGCGUGUUCAUACCGACUGCUCUGCGGAAAGGAGGAGAAGGUUUAAACCCGACCAAUGUGUGUUUUAACGCGUUGAGAAACAAAACAACAACGUUUUUAAUUGAGAUGAUGCAAUGGACCGACCUCAUAUUAUUUGAUUAUUUGAUUGCAAAUUUUGACCGACUUGCAAGUCAUCUUUUCAAUUUACAAUGGGACGCGCGCAUGAUGGAGAGAACCACUAGCAAUCUUCUCAAGUCUAAAAGGGGCUUGGUCUUCAUAGACAAUGAAGCUGGGCUAGUGCACGGCUACAGAGUCUUGAACUCGUGGGAGAAGUAUCACAAGAGACUCCUGAGGACAGUUUGUAUUUUCCGAAAGAGGACUGUUCAACGCAUAGCAGAAUUGAAGCUUCAAAGAAACGUUAGUUCACGAUUGCUUGAGCUCUAUAAGGCAGACGAGCCAUUGGCACUUGAGCUUGGGUUUCUUUCGGAACAACAUUUGGAGACCUUGCAAAAUCGGGUUGACCUGUUGUACGAACAUGUAGAGCAAUGCAAACUGAGACACACUGAGCCUGUUUCGCAUUUUGCUGUAAAUGAUUCUCAUGUCUGA